GCUACCAAUUAUGGCCUUGAUAUUUUUUCGCUCUGCUGACAGAAGAGUACAACUUCCUGACGGUCAAUUUGAUAUGGAAUAUGAUUACAUAAUAGUUGGGGCUGGUUCGGCUGGAGCAACUUUGGCUAGUCGACUCUCGGAAGAUUCCAACGCGAGGGUUUUGCUGCUGGAAGCGGGAGGUUUACCAGACGUACUCAGUUCUGUCCCCCUAUUUUCUGCAGAACUACAACUUACCAAGUAUGAUUGGGCUUUUAAAACUGUUCCACAAGAAGCUGCCUGCUUCGGUCAGAAAGGCAGGAGAAGCUUGUGGCCUCGUGGUAAGGGGCUUGGUGGAACAAGUUUGAUGAAUUAUAUGCUGUAUAUACGGGGUAAUCCUCGAGACUAUGACAAGUGGGCGGAACAUGGAGCUCGUGGCUGGAGUUGGCAAGAAGUGUUCCCUUAUUUUCUCAAGUCCGAAGACAACCGUGAUCCGUUGUAUGCAUUUAAUGGAUACCAUGGUAUAGGAGGUCCACAGACUGUUGAAACUCCUCCGUAUAUUUCACCAUUAGGAUAUGCCUUCGUAGCGGCAGGCAUGUCCCUUGGAUAUCUUAAUAUUGAUCUCAAUGGGCCUCAUCAAACAGGGUUUUCUGUACCUCAGGGAACGAUCAGAAAUGGCCGACGAUGUAGUGUUUCAAAUGCCUACAUUGAACCAGCUCUAAGAAGGAAGAAUUUGAACAUUCUUCUUCAAGCACACGUGACCAAGAUCCUGUUUGACAACCGUCGCUGGGCACGAGGGGUGCAGUUCCUUCAUAAAGGCUUACCACGUGUUGUGUUCGCCAGGAAAGAAAUUAUUUUGUCUGCUGGGACCAUCAACACCCCUCAAAUUCUGAUGUUAUCAGGGAUUGGUCCUCGAAAUCAUCUUGAAAGGCUAGGUAUCCCGGUCAUUGCCAACCUACCAGUGGGUAACAAUCUCCAUGACCACGUGGGUGCCUCUGGAAUGCACUUCUUGAUUGACCAACCAGUUUCAAUCAUUCCGUUACGGUUUACUAGCCCAAACAUUGUACAGAAUUUUUUUAUACACGGUAAAGGUCCUCUUACCAUGUUGGGUGGUGUUGAGGGACUUGGAUUCAUAAAGACUGAGUUCAGUAACAGCUCUGAUGACUAUCCUGAUGCGGAGAUUCAUUUCAUCUCCAGCAGUCCCUCUUCUGACGGGGGUAAAACUAUACGGAGAGUACAGGGAGUAGGAGAAAGGUUAUGGAAACAGGUGUACGAGCCCUAUUUGUACAGAGACUCCUUCUCCAUGUAUCCGGUGUUACUAAGACCGAAAAGUAGGGGUUACGUCAAGCUACGAUCCACAGACCCACACGAUCCUCCUGUUAUCAACCCUCGUUACCUGACCCAUCCAAACGACAUUAGAACUUUAGUUGAGGCGAUGAAGAUUAGCAUUGAUGUGGGCCAGUCGGAACCGUUCAGGCAAUUCAAGGCUAAAAUGUUUGAAACAGUAUUCCCAGGUUGCGAGAGAUUCCGUGUUUUAAGCGACAGAUACUUAGAAUGUGUCGCACGUACCUAUACAAUCACCAUCUACCACCCAGUAGGAACAUGCAAGAUGGGAGACCCAUCUGAUCCAAGCACAGUAGUUGACUCUGAAUUGAGGGUUAAACACGUCAAAGGACUACGCGUUGUGGACGCCUCAAUCAUGCCCACCAUAGUCUCUGGUAACACCAAUGCCCCUGUAAUUAUGAUUGCUGAGAAGGCUGCUGAUUUAAUAAAAGGAAUCCAGAUGUUCGUAACUGAAGAUGGUUCUAAAAGGUGAUAUCACCAUAGUAAUGUUAAAACGAAUUUUCUAGUCUGUUACCAACACACUAGAGGAAGGUCGUAAAGAAGUCUACAAUUUCUGAUCAAUCGAAUGGUUUCUUAAACGUGAGAACAAACAACGUGUGUUAUGAAACACGUUCAAAGAAAGACUUAUUAAUGUGAUAUGAAUAACGUGUGAUUUUUCCACUGUUUGAGAAAUAAUGCUCUGAAUUCAUCACAAGAAUAAUAGGCUUAAACUCGAGAAAAACUGAGAGAAAGAAAUACAAUUGUUUUAUAGUAGUCCUAUUUGAAUUACUAUUUU